AUGGCAGUCUCAGCUCCAACCGAAGACCACUAUUCUGUAUUAGAAAUUCUUCCAGGUGCAACUCUCAAGGAGAUCAAGACUGCGUAUCGCCGUCUGGCGCGACUAUAUCAUCCUGACAAGAACAAUGGAUCACAAACCUCCACUUUAAGGACUCAACAAAUCAAUGCCGCUUGGGAAAUCCUCAAAGACAGCUCGAAAAGGAAGCUCUACGACAGACUAUGGCCAAGACGUGAAUCUCAAUCAAAGGACAGUCGACCAGAUGUGACAAAGCCGACAAGUACUGCACACUGGCGUUGGCAAUCUUCUCCGCGACCAUCACCUACAUCAGAACACAAUGCCAGAGCGCGAGCUCAAAGUCACAAGCAGCGACAAGCAUGGCUUCAUUUCGAAAAGGCUCAGGAAGCAGGCAUUCGUCAGUCUCGAAAACACAUACACAGCCUACAAAGUGAGAUCAGCGCUUUAGCUGCGAAGCUCCAGAGUACCACAAGACACUUUGCGGUUCAUGUACAGUGGCGCGCUGGUAUAGCGAUGAAUACCGAUGAACUCCAGCGGCAGAUGCUCCAAGCCGAGGCCAUGAUGAAGCUCAGACAGCAACAGCUCCAGCAGGACGAAUCACGUCUAGGUCGACUGGAGCUUGAUCUGCUGAGGCGACGAGGUCAAGAAUAUGCGAGGCUCGCUGCCGAGCGGAAAGAAGAGAGGCAGUGGGAGGCGCAGGAAGAACAGUUGCGCCAGGAAAAGCUUGCCAAAGAAAGAGUUGAGGCAGAAGCACAAAAGCAACGCGACACAGAAUGGGACGCGCGAAUGGAGGAAGUGCGGCAACGCAUGAGAAAUUUCACCGAGAAACAGGCACACUUAGCAGACGAAGCAAAGAAGGCGGAGGCAGCUGAACAGAGACGAAUGGCAGAGGAUCGCGCGACCGAGGAGCAAAUUCAGAAGAGAAAACUGCAGGAAGAGGCCAACAAAAAGAUGGAACCGGAGGGAAAAUGUGGACAUGAAAGCUCGUGGGACAGAUGUCCUGGCCCUAUCGAUUGCACAUAUUGUGCAUGGCCACCCAGCACUUACGCCUUCCGAUGUCCCGAUUGUCAGAUUCUCGCUUGUCUUUUCUGCAUGACAACCCUGAAGGCUGGCUGCGAGCCUGCUGACUACAAAAGUUUCUGGCAACGCAAUGUUGACCCUUCUCCCAGCGCAGAAGCUCUUCGUUUCGACAUACAUGCCGACUCUGAUGAUGAUUUUAAUGAAGUAUACUAUGACUGCCAGGAUGACUUCGACGACGAUGACGAUUCCGAAUACUUUGAUUGUCGGGAAGACAUGUGA